UCUGACUUAUCGUGAUGGAUCAUAACAAAACAACACUAUAAAAGAACAAAAAACACUUUGACAUGCCAACAAUACCCCUCCGCCAUGUUACUAAUUACACAUGUGGGACAUAUUUGAAGAAAAACCCCCAUCGUAGGGUUAUUUCGACUUUAUAACCAUAAUUUCCGAGCGACAGUGAAGGCCACCCUGACCAAUCACCGGAGAGGAGGAACAGUUUGAAACCAAAGAGGGCCGUUUGUCUCCCGUCGGGUCGCCUGCUUCUUCUCCAUUAACCCGCUUUUAUGAGCAAUAUGGACGAUUUAUUUAAGGCACAACUGUCUGCCAAUGGCUCCAACUUCAAAGGCUCCCUGGAGCGGAUCAUAGAGAAGUAUUCAAAGCUUCAGUACCAGGAUGGGGGGGUGGAGGUGGACCUGGGCAGCACAACACCCCAAAUACUUGAACGCUACAUGAAUUCGUGUAGAGCCGAGAUCAGCAAGCUGGAAUCAAAGAGCCUGACAGAUUUAAGAGAGGAAUCAAUAGGAGCGGACGUUACGAGAGACUCUCAGCUGGACUUCACGUAUGAAGAUGGCGUCGCCGAUGAGACUCGUGUCUCCAGCACCCAGCUGUCUGCGCAGGACGACGGGAUGUCUACGAACGACUCCACCGGCCUGACCGCGAGCUCACCGGACGAGAGUUCGAGGAACACUUCUGCCACGGAGGUCCAGCCCGAGGACCGAGACGAGGAGCUGGAAAUGAGCCUGAGGAGUCGCGGCAGCUCCCUGUUGGAGCUUUACCCCGACAUGAUCGGCCGGAUAGGCAGGGCGUGGCGGCGGCAGCACGUGUCCGAGGCCGCGGGCUCGGUGCUGAGGAGGUACCGCAGGUGGCGGCAGCAGUCGGGCCGAGGCAGUCUGGGCAACACCUUCGUCAUCGCGCUGAGACGCGCCGGAAGAUACCCCGAAAACGACACCAGUCAGACGCCGCCACCGGAGGAGGAGGAGGAGGCGGAGGCGGAGGCGGAGGAGUCCAGAAACAGCCCCAAGAAGAGGCAGUUCAUCGGGGAUGAGACCAACGCUCGGUCGCCCUUGAGGAGGGUGAACAAUGUGCAACAGCAGUCUCCUAGGAGGGUGAACAGUGUGCAACAGCAGUCUCCUUGGAGGGUGAACAAUGUGCAACAGCAGUCUCCUUGGAGGGUGAACAAUGUGCAACAGCAGUCUCCUAAGAUGGUGAACAGUGUGCAACAGCAGUCUCCUUGGAGGGUGAACAGUGUGCAACAGCAGUCUCCUAAGAUGGUGAACAGUGUGCAACAGCAGUCUCCUAAGAUGGUGAACAAUGUGCAACAGCAGUCUCCUAGGAGGGUGAACAGUGUGCAACAGCAGUCUCCUUGGAGGGUGAACAAUGUGCAACAGCAGUCUCCUUGGAGGGUGAACAGUGUGCAACAGCAGUCUCCUUGGAGGGUGAACAGUGUGCAACAGCAGUCUCCUAGGAGGGUGAACAAUGUGCAACAGCAGUCUCCUAGGAGGGUGAACAAUGUGCAACAGCAGUCUCCUUGGAGGGUGAACAGUGUGCAACAGCAGUCUCCUAGGAGGGUGAACAAUGUGCAACAGCAGUCUCCUUGGAGGGUGAACAAUGUGCAACAGCAGUCUCCUUGGAGGGUGCGUAGGGAGCAGCACCAGCCGGUCCUCGUGAUGGACUUCUCUGGCCCCUCCGAGACCUUUAUGCCAAGCGAGAGCUCACUGAACGAGACCUUCAGUGUGUCCGAAGAGUCCCGGCUGGGAGACCGGCCUUCCGCGUGCACCGCCAGUCCCUCGCGACCUUACCGCCCCGCUACCGAAGCGCCCACCCACCCGUCUUUCAGCUCCAGGAGGCUCUCGCUUGCACACUCGCUGCAGGCGGAUCUCUACCCCACCGCAUAUGCAUCGGAAAACGGCGAAGAGAGACAGGACGUCUACGGCUCGCCGGUGAAGCAGAGUCCCUCGCAUGCGAGGAGGAGGAUGAUGAUGGAGACCAGCAUCGGUAGAUCUCCUCAGGGCUACCCCAGAAGCCCAAAAACCUAUUCUGGGGAAAGCUUUUCCAGAGAGCCUUCGAGGCCCAGAUUAAUCUCCACCCCUCCGCACAAGCCGGAUGUACCGCUGAGGAUGCUCCACCCUCAAGACACCCAUCACUCCCUCCACCCACAGCUGCAUUCGCCCCAGUUGGCGGCAGCAGCAGCAGCAGGUCGCCGCCACGGGCUCCGGCGGCACCUUUCCUUCGACUCCUCCCUGCCGGCGAUCCGCGUCUCCGACUCCCCGAAGAAGCUCGACGAGGACUUCCUGAAGCUCUACCACAAGUUUGUGUGCCAGAACAAAUCGUCCUUCUUCAACAGGCACCCCUGCCGCCUCUGUGCCAGAAGCUCCGAGGCCAGCAGAGGCCCCUCCUCCUUGUCCCUGGCGGCUCUCGCCCUGUCGCCCCACCGCUCCCUCCUGAGGAAACGCCACAGGGAGCUGGACCGGGACGGCCACCCCCGGUCCAAACGCUACCGGGACGAGCGCUGCCCGUCCUCCCCCGGCUCCCAACGCCACGGGAAGGAGAUGCUGAGGCGCCGCUUCUCUACGUCCGAAUGCGGCGUCUCCUUUAGCGCCAGGAAGCCCGCCGUGUUUCAGCGGCGCGCGGCGGAUGCACGUGAGGAGGCACUGGACGGGUCGGCGCGGCCACGUGUCUGCAGCCGAUCUCUCUGGGAUGGGAAGUUCAUUUGAGAGCGGACGCUUCUCCCCCAGGUGAUUUAUAAUGAAUCGUGAUGAUGUGCAGUUUGUUUUCUGACCACCGAACAUUAAUGUUUUUCUGAAAAUGGUGAAGAAAGAGUUUUUAAUCCACGUGAUGCUUUCUGCAGACACUCCAGACUCCAUUCAUAAAACACCGAUUUAAAACAGGUGCAUUCAUCAGUUCCCGUCAGAAAGGUGUGUCCGACACCAAGUGAAAAGACCCCCCGUGGAGCGAGCGUACGCUCUCUGCAGUAAUGAACACGUCUCUUUAGUGGCCGGAUUCAAACGCCCCGACCGCUUCUUUCCCGGUCUGCGUGGAACCCUUCAU